UGACGGUUGUGUUCGUGUAUACUUUUUCUUCUCGUCAUCCAUAGAAUUUAAAUUUUGUUUUUAAAACUUGUUGUUGUACCGGCCGCAGUUUUCAACAAUAAAAUAAAAAUAAUAUGAAGGCUGUUCUUAACAGUAUUCUAGACAUAACAAUUGUAUAUUUAAACAGUGUCUAAAAUGACGAAUGUGUUAAUCAUGUGAGUGUUCUGAGAAAUACAUUUAUUUGUUUUAUCACUUUUCAAAUGGAAUCUGCUACAGAAAAAGAUUGGAAGAAAAAAAUCGGGUUUCCAAUAAACUACGAUUCGGGUCAAAGCUCUGACGAUGAUUUCGGCGGGGUGAGCGGUGAGCGCGCAGGUGUGGUGAUGAGGCGCGCGGGGCGGGGCGCAGGGCGCGGCGCUGCCGGCCCGCUGCUGGCGGACGCGGGCGACGGCGCCGAGGCCGAUCUGCUGGGCACCACGCCGCCGCGCGCGCGCAUCCGCGAUAAGGAGAAGCGAAGGCCGAUCUACCGCAGCAACACAUGUGGUGACGUGGCGGGCGGUCCGCUGCGCGCGGGUGACCGGCCUCCCGCCGCGGCCGGCCUCGCCCAUGCGCCCCACGGUAACUACCCAGGCCCCUCCUCCAAAAUACCCAUUUGUCGCGCAGCGCCGGAGCGGCUGAGGAAGCGCGCCAGCCUGAAGCUGGUGCGCGCGCGCGAGCGGGACCACAAGGUGGAGCGAGACGGCGGCCGAGCGGACUCGCUGCCCUCGCCUUCGCCCUCGCCCGGCGACGCCCCAGGCCCCGGCCCCGGCCCCGCUCCGCCCACGCUGGUGGAGUCAUGCAGCCGCUUCAUGUCGCUCAGCUCUCGCCUCAAGUGCAGCGAGGUGGGCGAGGCGGGCGAGGCGGGCGCGCUGGAGGGCGUGGUAUCGCGCGGGCCAGCACUUCCGCAGCUGCCGCCCAGCCGCGUCAGCUUCCACAGCACCUUCAGCUUGCUCAUCAACAUGGGCAACGUCGACAAGGGCUGCAAGCGCAUGGUGAGCCGCGAGGAGCAGGUGUGGCAGAACGAGCUGAAGGACCUGAUCUGGUUGGCGCUGCGCGCGCGGCUGGCGGGGCGCAGCCUGGCGCAGCAGGACGCCUUCCUGUGCGCGCAGCGGCGCUCCGUGCCCGCUCUGCUGCAGACCCUGCUCGACUACAGAUAUGUGAACCCGUACCCGUGUCCGUGCGCUGCCUUGGCGGAGGCGGAGGUGGAGGCGGAGGCGGGCGAUGCCGGAGCGAGCGGAGGGCAGACGUGCCUGUCUGCGGAGUGCGGGCGCUGCGUGUCGGGAGUGGGGCGCGGCAUGCGCGAGGUGCGCGCGCUGCUGGAGGCGGUGGACGCGGCCGUGGCGCUGUACCCGUCGAGCUGCGCCGCCGAGGCCGACCAGCCGGACCUCGCGCGCCCCGCUAUCAAGCACAGGAUCCGGGCGAUGUGUCUGUGGUACAACACGGCGCUGCACAUGCGCCUCAGGCUGGUGUCACUGCGCCGCAUGGUGCGCGACAGUCGCGCCCGCUUCGCCCGCGCACACGCCCCCGCCCCCGCCCCCGCCCUGCACCAUCUCGCCUCCACGGACUCAUCCAGCGACUACUCCAGCAGGAAGUCGUCAGUGUCGCGUCAGGCGACGCAUGUGCGCUUCGAUGUGAGCGGCGCGCCCACGCCCACCGACUCCAGCGGCAGCGACCUCAGCGCCCACUCGGACCCUGCGCCCGCGCCCUCGCCCGCGCCCUCGCCCGCGCCCUCGCCCGCCUCCUCCUCCGCGCCGCACGACCACGAGCACGGCGACGUGCUGGACAGCGGCAUAGAGAGCAGAUCCGAGAACUUUGGCGACACGACACCCGAGAUCAUAAUCUCCGGCAGCGCGAGCCCGGCGGCCGAGGUGGGGGGCGAGGCGGGGGGCGAGGCGGGGGGCGAGACGGGGGGCGCCGAGCCGGACGACGACCCGCUGCAGCUGUGCUCGCUACAGGAGCUGACGCAGCUGCGGCUGCUCGGCAAAGCCAACGUGCCCCCCUACAGGGACUACCAUCACGAGCUGCUGAAGACGCAGGGCGUGCGACGCUGCAUGGGCUUCAUGCACAAGAUGAGCUACCAGAUGUUGCAGAAGGUGUACCUCACGCUGCUCGAGCCCGAGGAAUCGGGCGCGAAUAUCGAGGAGGAGAUGGAGGUGGAGGGGGGCGCGGAUGAGAACACGUACGUGCUGCGCCGCUACGGCUGCUGGUCGCCGGAGAGCCUGGCCAUGCGGCUGCCCUGGUACCGCAGCCACUUCAUCCUGCUCAACUGCAUCUGCAUGGAGGCCGUGCACGACAUCCUCUCGCUGCGCCUCGACACGCGCCCCGCCCACCCCUCCUGCCUCACAGUGAAGCAGCUGAUCCACGAGUUGAAGGAGGAGCUGGACAUCGCGACGGAGAUCCGCAGCGCGUUCGUGCGGCACGCGGCGGCGGCGCUGCGCGGGGUGCGGGGCCGCGGCGCAGCGCGCGACCAGCUGCGCACCUUGCUGACCACAUACGACGCCAGCCUCGACACCGCCAUGCAGCAAUACCUGUCGUACCUGGCCACCAUCGCGGACACGGAGGCCAUGUCCCGCGCCGCACUCGCCGCAGAGUGGGCCUUCGCCGCCCGCCUCGCCGCCCGCGCGCCCCGCACCAACGACCUCGCACCCCCCGCAUUCGUGGAGAUCGCGUGUCGGCAGCUGCGCCGGCUGGUGCGCCGCUUCGACGACAAGUUCGCGGACCUGGUGCACGUGAACACCGCCAAGGAGCCCGAGGAGUCCAGGUACAAGGUGUUCGCGCUGUGCCGCGCCGCGCAGCAGGUGUACGCGGGCGAGCGCGAGGCCGUGCUGCAGGCCGCGCAGGGUGCGCGCGCCCUCGCCGCCCGCCUCCCGCCCCGACACCGCCCUCUGCGCACCCCCCUAUAUGAGGGCCUGAUGGAGUUGCGGGACUGCCUGGUGCGGCACACCGAGAACAUCCUGGAGCACAGCCGCGGCGCGGUGGAGGCCGACCCCGCGGACGGCACCGCGGCGCGCGUGCGCGAGCUGCUGCUGCAAGGAUACAAGCUUGGCUUCGAGGUGACCAUGUACACCACGCUCAACACGCUCAUCACGCUCACCACGCUCACCACGCUCACCACGUACACCACGCUCACCACGCUCACCACGUACACCACGUACACCACGCUCACCAUGCUCACCACACACACCCGUACGUUGCCGUUUACCCUGCACCGCGAGCUGUACCAGCUGGUGACCCCGCCCGCCCGCGCCCGCCCCCGCCCCCGCCCCGCCUCGCUGCAGCCGGCGCGUGCGCAACCCGCACAGCCGCCGCGCCGCCGCCCCGACACCGUCAUCAUAAACGAGUGCUACUCUCCCUUGGUGCAUAAGGAGCUGCACCGGCUGGCCAACGAGUCUGGCGAGGCUGUGGGCGGGGCUGUGGGCGGGGCAGUGGGCGGGUCAGUGGGUGGGGCGCGCGGGGGGCGUGUCCGGGUCGCGCGCUUUGCCCGCGCCGAGAGCGUCACGGAGGAGGUCGCAUUCGACUGCCGGCCCUUCGACAGCACCGUCGCCGCCGCCGCGGCCGCCGCCGCUGUAGGCGACCGUGCGGCGCAGGCGGAGGCGGAGGAGGGUGCGGGUGCGGGCGAGGAGGCGUGGGCGGCGCAGGUGGCGCGCGCCGUCAUCCAGUUCGCGCGCUGCUGGAUGCGCUUCGUGGUGGAGCGCUGCGAGCGCGGCCGCGGCCUUCGCCCCAGGUGGGCGAGUCAGGGCCUGGAGUUCCUGAUGCUGGCCUGCGACCCGUGGAACACCCGGCACCUGAGCGACGACGAGUUCGAGGAGUUGAAGCAGCUGAUGGACGGGUGCAUCUCGCACGUGAUCGGAUCUCGGCCGCCCGCCCAGGUCGAGGCGCCGCGCCGCCCCCGCCGCCGCCUGCAGAGCCCACUUCCGGCCGGGAGCGGCGAGGCCGGCCCAGCCGGACAGGAGGCCUCCGCGCCGGCCAGCCCGCUGACGGACGGCGACCCUCCCGCCUUCCUGAACAGCGAGCACGCCGUGUGGGGGGAGGCGGGGGUGGGGGCGGUGUCGAGGCGAGUGCGCGAUGCGGUGGCGCGGCUGGACGCGGCGCGGGACGCUGCGCUGCGCGAGCGGCGGGUGGUGGGCCGCGCGCUGCCGGCGCCCGCGCCCUCCUACGAGCCCAAGCUGCGUCAGCUCACCUUCAAGUGGCAGCGCGGCCUCAAGAUAGGUGCCGGCACUUUCGGAAAGGUGUACACGGUGGUGAACACGGAGAGCGGGCAGCUGCUGGCCAUGAAGGAGCUGAGCGUGGGCGCGGGCGACCGGCGCGCGCUGCAGCGUGCCGCCAACGAGCUGCGCGUGCUGGAGGGCGUGCUGCACCCCCACCUCGUGCGCUACUACGGCUGCGAGCUGCACCGCGAGGAGAUGCUGCUGUUCAUGGAGCUGUGCGUGGAGGGCUCGCUGGAGGCGCUGGUGGGGGCGUCGGGCGCGCUGGCCGAGCCCACCGUGCGCCGCUACACCAAGCAGCUGGUGAGCGCCGUGAGCGAGCUGCACGCGCGCGGCAUCGCGCACCGCGACAUCAAGAGCGGCAACAUCUUCCUGACGAACGAGGGUCACUGUCUCAAGCUGGGCGACUUCGGAUGCGCCGUCAAGAUCCGCGCCAACACCACCGCGCCCGGCGAGCUGCAGGGCUUCGUCGGCACUCAGGCGUACAUGGCGCCCGAGGUGUUCAUGAAGUCAUCAGGACACGGGCGCGCCGCAGACGUGUGGUCGCUGGGCUGCGUCGUCACCGAGAUGGCCUCGGGCAAGCGGCCGUUCCCGGAGUACGACAGCAACUACCAGAUCAUGUUCGUGGUGGGCAUGGGGGGGAGGCCGGCGCUGGCAGACACGCUGUCUCCGGAGGGGCGCGACUUCUGCUCGCGCUGUCUCACGCACGACCCCGAGCUGCGGCCGCGCGCCGCCGACCUCGCGCACCACCACUUCCUGCUGGUGAAGGCGGAUGAGGACUGCAAGUGCGAGCCCGCCUACCUCAUCGCGUGACCACGCCCCGCCACGCCCCGCGCCACGCCCCGCGCCACGCCCCGCGC